GUGUUAUUUCGGGCUGGCGUCCUGUUUUGUCGAGGCAGUGAGCCCGAGCGUCCCGAUGUGAGUUCGACGUCCUUAAAAAGUCCGUUUCUCAGUGAAUAACAAAAAAACAGUCAUAAUCGGCUGGACGGCGGGUGUGAUUCAGCAAAGAGACGGGAAUUUAGCGCUGGUUUUGAGUGAUUUUGCAUCGAAAACAACAAUAAGCUGGUCUUCGGGUUCUGAGAAGGAUGAACUCGAGCAGAACGCACGUCAUUGCUUUUCAUGAGUUGUGACCAAUGGGCCGGCAAAAAACCCACCGUUAUUUGCAUGUUAGACCGCCUGGACGCAAAAAGACCUUCCAUUACUGAUUUUGGAUGGACGAUGACCCAUCAGUAAUCGAACACACCGCUCUAAGAUCCGCCUUGAAAGAUGUACAACAAUCGGAAAACGUUCAUCAUCAAAAUUCUGAUCAUCCUGUGCUUGAUCUACCUGGCAGUCCACGUAAUGUACAGUGGCGGAGGGCCGAUGAUUAGGGAGCUGCAACAAUCCGGCAGAAGUUUGGCAGCUUUGGACACUCAGAACCUCGAAACAGCCCCAUUGGUACAAGAUGCACCUGCGAUCCAACCUCUGGUGCCCAAUGCCAGCAAACUGCAGCCACCUCCAGCACGAAUGGAGGAGGAAGAGGAACCGCCUCCACCGCCUCAUCCGACCGAGCCGCCUCUGACGCUCUUCGAAAAACUGAGGGAUAUCACCCAGUGCUUGGACAGGCCGCUGGUCCCGAAAACUCAGCAACGCGGAGACUACUGGGUGUUGUAUAAUUACGUGCGCGCUAAACGGACGUUUAAGUGCGAGGAAACGAUCACCUACACGACCCAUGCGGACUUCUCCUUCAUGGACAACUUGGUGCCAUUGCUAGAGAGAUGGAGGGCGCCCAUCAGCAUUGCCCUCCAUGCCCCCGGCACCGACUUCGCCCUCACACUGGAAUCCAUUGCACAUUUACGGGACUGUACCAGUGCGUUAGUGCGCGAAUUGGUCACUUUUCAUAUUUAUUUCAGCACGAAGCAUGUUCCCAAAGAGGUUCCAAAACACUCCCGCGUGUUUCCGGAGCCCUACAAUUGCUCACUCACCCCGCCCUACCUCAACGUCUCCUCUGAGCAGAUGUACAAGGCUCAAAAAAAGCUGCUGUAUCCAGUUAACGUAGGUCGAAAUGUCGCUCGCGAAACCGCCCAGACUUACUACAUUCUAGCGUCGGACAUUGAGCUCUAUCCUAGUCCUAACAUUAGCUCUAAGUUCCUAGACUUAAUCGCCACCAAUACGGGGCCGCUGCUCAGCAAGAACCCCAAGGUGUUUCCUUUGCACCUCUUUGAGGUCAGUGCCAAUUCUACGGUGCCAGAAAGCAAGACAAUGCUGAAAGACAUGCUGGGCAAUGGUACAGCCUUGCCGUUCCACAAGAAACUAUGCCCAGGCUGCCAUAAUAUUCCUAAAGCAAAGGAGUGGCAACUAGCGCCAGUCUCAGAAAAUCUGCACGUGUUCCAUGUGGGCAAAAGAAACGGACGCUUCGUCCACUGGGAGCCGAUUUUCAUCGGAACCCACAACGAUCCGCUCUACGACGAACGACUCAGCUGGGAGGGAAAGAGCGACAAAAUGACGCAGGGCUAUGCGCUUUGCGUGCUCAACUACGACUUCCUGAUCCUGGAUAACGCGUUUCUGGUCCACAAGCCAGGCAUCAAAAUAUACAAGAAGGACGCAAAAAGGGCGAUGCUGGCCGGCAAAACCAACCAGCUGAUCAAGAAGAUUAUUUUCCCGGAGCUAAAGGUACUCUACGGAGUGCGAAAGGGAUGCGCCGUUUGAAUCCAACUAAUACAUAGUUUCGGGCCAUAAUUCCAGCCAACCAAGCAUGGACGUACAUGUGUAUUCUUAAGCUAACUACUCUAAACUAUUGUGAUUAUCCCAUUAUUUUAAGCUCCGAAGACGGUUCACUGUGCGCAUAUAUUUUAGAUACAAAACGAGUAAAUUCGAAGCAGGGUAUGAUGCAAAAAAUAUUAUGGGAAGAGUUAGGCUUUGGGGCCAUUGCUUGAAGCUGAUACACAGUUUUUUCGAUUCUAUCGCGCGGCCUACAAGCCUAAAACUCCUAUCCGUUUCGGGCAAUAGUAUUAUAUAUAGGUUGUUCGGGCUUUCAGCCCGAACGAUUUCAACAAAAUUAUUGCUCGAAAUCUAAGCAAAUAUAGCUUUUUAAUGGACGAGCCAAACUCCUGUGUGCGACACUGUAUAUCUGUAUAUUCCUAUUUUUGUACAUAGAAUAGACUGUUUAGGAUAUAGGGGACACUUAUCGGUGUUUUAUCUAGGACUUUGCAUAUACUGGGUGACCAGCCGAACGUUGGCUCUAACAUUUUAACUCGCCCUGAAAUUGACCACUUUCACUUACACCGGUAUGUCCAAAGGGCCUCUAGGCAGUGUUUCUUCGAGUUUUUCACUGAUUUUCACUCGAUUGUAACAGAAAUAGCCCGAAAACGAACAUUAAAAAUACUGUGACACACGGAACUUUCAAGUUGACACUGGUUUGUCAGUUUAGUGAACAACAGUUGGCGGCAAAUUCAAAAUCCCGGCCGCUUUCACUCAGAAUCAAAAGUUUACUUGCCUGGGUUUGUUCAAACGGCUUCUAGCUAAACUGAUUUCGGGUUUUUCACUAAUUUUCACCAGAUUUUAGUGUUAAAUAGCAAAAAAAACGAACAGUAAAAUCAGUCACUGUGACACACGGAACUUGUCAAUCGCAGUUGGCGGUAAAUUCAAAAUCCCACUAAUUUCCACUCAAAAUUAAAAAAAAUAUUGCCGUUUAAUUAUUAAUCUGUCCACUCGGCAUUAAAAACUCAAGUUUUCAAGGCGUCGCUGGUCCCUAGAGCGGGUGCAAACAACCCAUUAAACCAGUGCUCAUUUAAUUUAUUUUAGGCGAUAGUGCUUAGUUGUUUAGGUUAAUUUUCCUGUUUCCAAACAAUCUGGCUUUAUUAGUCUUCCGUGCCUUACACAACGCUGUAAUCGAUGUCGUUAGAACCCAGUUACAGACCAAAAAUGAUUUUUCUAUCGAUCGAGGACGUUAUUUAAUUGAAAACAAAAAACCGUACUGUGAACUACUCGA